CCAUACCUCGACCAAGACCUGCAAAGCCGAUGGUGGGAUUUUGGUGGUGACACCGUGAUACGGACAGAUAAAUAUAUUCGGCUCACGUCUGAGAGAAGUUCAAGAGCAGGAUGGCUUUUUUCGCGAGUCCCUCUAACUGCGACUAACUGGGAGAUCACAGUCGAAUUUAAGAUCCACGGCGGAGGCAAUCUUUAUGGAGAUGGCAUGGCCAUGUGGCUUACGAGACAGCGAGCCCAAGGCGGCAAAGUAUUUGGAUCAGCGGACAAAUUUGAGGGAAUAGGCAUCCUCUUCGACACCUAUAAGAACAACCGUCCAGGAACAGUAUUUCCCUACGUCAUGGCCAUGAGAGGUGAUGGUAACACUGAAUACGAUAAGGAUAAUGAUGGCAAAUCAAAUGAGCUGGCAGGAUGCUCGGCGAGAGGUCUUCGCAACAACCAAAAUAUGGCUACGAAAGCUCGUCUCACAUAUUUCGCAGACCAGUCGCUCCGUCUAGAUCUACAAUACAAGAAAGAAGAUGAAUGGACGCAAUGUUUCGACAUCAAAGAUGUCAAAGUUCCACCGGUAGCAUACCUAGGUUUCUCUGCCGAAACUGGUGAGUUGGCCGACAACCACGACAUCGUCAACAUAUGGACCAAGAAUUUGUAUCAGCCGCCUGGAUCAAACGCAGCCACUAAUGCCGGAAGCGGUAAAAAUAAGGGAAGUAAAUACAGUAAACAGAACAAGCAGGGAGGUAGCUGGACGUGGUUCUUUCUGAAAUUUGUGAUCUUUGGGCUUGUUGUUACAGGAGCUUAUGUUGGAUUCACGGCGUACAGGUCUCACCAAAGGAAUUCAAGAUUCUGA